UGAAGUUUAUUAGAAAGAAGACGAGAAAUAACGAAGUGGAUCGAAUGGCCCGACGAUGGAUCGAGAAAUUGCUAGUGAAAUGGGUUAUUCUUGUGGUGUUUUCACCAGCUGUGAAGACGAGCUGUCGAGACACCGAGUUACCCCGGGACUGCGAGGCUCUCUGCAUCGGGAAUCAGACGACAACGCAGUGCGAACUGCGGGCAGCUGUGCUCCUCCCCAGGGACAACAGAUUCGAAAUUUCGUUGGCCAAAGUCAUGCCUGUCUUGGACUUGGCGGUGAGUGACGCCAGGAGACAGAGGCUGCUGCCAGACUGGCUCCAGCUGACGUUCAUCCCCAGUGAUGACCGGUGCGAUGCCACUUAUGCACAAAUCGCUGCCAUUGACAGCUAUGCCAACUGUGUUCACCUGUUUUUGGGACCUGCCUGCGAUUAUUGCGUAGCAAAUGUUGGCAGAGUGGUGAAAUUUUUAAAUGCCCCGUUGCUGACAACCGGUGGCUUCACCUUUGACUUCACAAAUAAAAAAACCGAAUGCUCGGACGAGUACUACAUGACAACAAGAAUCGGUAGCGUGGGCUUCAGAGACAUCAGUCUAGCUUUUCUGGCUGUUAUGGAUCGAUACAACUGGAAAAAACUCCACUUGAUUUACGAUCCGAUGGGCCAGACUAGUGUCGCUGGAGAGCACACGUGUCAACUCAUGAUGAAGUCGAUGGUGGCACUCAUCAAGAAGAGAGAGGACAUCACUUUCGGGAAUUUUGAUAUAGAGACUUACGAUAGGCAGGAGUAUGGAGAGGUCUUGGAGAAGAGUGUUGGGAACUCCUACAGUGACGCCUUUCUCGGUCCUGUCUGCGACUACGUGAUAGCCCCGGUAGCAAGAUACGCGGGUGUAUGGGCCAUACCAGUAUUGACAACAGGAGCGCAAGCGGAUCCAUUUCGUCACAAAGUCGAGCAUUACCAGACACUGACGAGAAUGAUGGGCUCGCAUCGUCAAGUUGGUGAAGUACUCCGGCAAAUACUCCAGGGCUUUGGCUGGACCACAGCAGCCCUGAUUUAUCACAAUCACGCUAUGGAGAGCAGCAAGGGAAAUUCCGGAUGUCAUUUUGCUCUCGGUGGUGUGUUCACGGCACUCAAUAAGAGCUCGGUACACAAGAGUUUCAAUGAGGAGACCAACAGUGCCAAAGACUACAGGGAUCUUCUUACUUAUGUUUCCAAGUCUGCUAGGAUCGUUGUUAUGUGCGCCAACUCCACGACGAUACGGGAGAUUCUGCUGGCAGCUGAGGAGCUGGGCAUGGUGGACUCUGGAGAGUACGUCUUCUUCUCGAUUGAAUUGUCAUCUAGUGAUAAUAACUCGAAGGAAAGAUGGAGAAUGGAGGGAGACACUGACGAACGCAAUGAGAAAGCGCGAAAGGCGUAUCAGUCGUUAUUAACGGUAACAGCUCGCACGCCGGAUAAUGAAGAGUAUCUGAAUUUUUCAAGGGAAGUUAAAGCACUGGCACAGAGCAAAUACAACUUCACGUUUGGCAGUAGUUUGCUAUCAACGUUUGUCGCGGCUUUUUACGACGCUGUGUUCCUUUAUGCUCUGGCACUCAAGGAGAGUUUGCCCGAAAAUCCCGGUGAGGUGAACCUCGAUGGAGGAAACUUGACGAGAAGAAUGUGGGGGAAGAGCUUCAGGGGCAUAACCGGAGACGUAACGAUCGAUGAGAAUGGGGAUAGACUAGCUGACUACUCACUUUUAGACAUGAAUCCCGAAACCUCAAAAUUCGAGAUCGUUGCAAAUUAUUACGGGGCUAAUAAAACUCUGGAGUAUGUGCCUGGUAAACGGAUACACUGGUCUGGGGGUAGAUUGGAGCCACCCCCUGACACACCUAAAUGCGGAUACGACGGAUCGUUGUGCCCGGACAAUACAUUGCCGGGAUACGCUAUUCUGUCCAUUGUUCUCAGCUCGAUUGUCGUUGGACUUGUUGUCGUAUCAGUCAUCAUUUACAGGCAUUACAAGUUGGAGGCAGAAAUCGCUUCUAUGACGUGGAAAGUGCAUUGGGAGGACGUGAUAGUCAUGGCACCGAGAAAGACAAGGGGAUCCAUGUACUCUCUCACUGGGAACAAGCAGCGUGGAAGUCAGCUGACUAUUUACUCGGAUGACAAUAUCAGCCUUGCUGGAGGUGUCGACAGAAAUGUCUACAUCCCAACUGCUAUUUACAAGAAUUCUAAGGUCGCCAUAAAGCCAAUCCCCAGAAACAAAGUGGAAAUAUCGAGGCCAUUGUUGCUGGAGUUGAAAAGGAUGAAGGACCUUCAGCACGAUCAUUUGGUGAGGUUUUACGGUGCUUGCGUUGAACCACCGCACUGUUGUCUUUUAACUGAGUACUGCCCGAAGGGUUCACUCCAGGACAUUCUGGAGAACGAUCAGAUCAAGUUGGACCGAGUCUUCCGAGGUUCUUUGAUCCACGACAUAGUUAGAGGAAUGGCGUACCUUCACGCCUCUGAAUUAAAGAGCCACGGGUCUUUAAAAUCCUCAAACUGUGUCGUCGAUUCAAGAUUCGUUCUCAAAAUCACCGACUUCGGUCUUCACGCACUGCGAAAGCCGUGGCCCAACGAUCCUGACGACGACAAGGAUAGCUACGCCCACUGGAGAAAACAACUGUGGACAGCGCCCGAGUUGUUGAGGAUGGAGAGGCCACCGCCUGAGGGUACUCAGAAAGGAGACGUCUACAGUUUUGCCAUAAUCGUCCACGAGAUUGUGGUGCGCCAAGGGCCGUUCUACUUGGGUGAGGACAGAAACUACUCUCCAAGGGAAAUAGUUGAGGGUGUGAGAAGGGGCGGAGGCUCCCCCCUGAGGCCGUUGAUCGAUGAGGCCGCCGUCGAGGAGGAAGUGGCGACACUCAUGAGACGCUGUUGGGCGCAGGACUCGGCGGAUCGACCAGACUUUCCAGCGCUGAAGCAAACCAUACGGAAAAUCAACAAAGACUACGAGAGCAGCAAUAUCCUGGACAAUCUUCUCUCACGUAUGGAACAGUAUGCCAACAACUUGGAAACACUGGUGGCUGAGCGUACGGCCGAUUAUCUAGAGGAGAAGCGCAAAUGCGAGGAGUUGCUGUAUCAACUGUUGCCAAAAUCCGUAGCAUCGCAAUUAAUCCUGGGCCAAAGUGUGAUUGCCGAGACAUACGAUCACGUGACAAUUUACUUCAGUGAUAUCGUUGGUUUCACCAGUCUAUCGGCUGAGAGCACACCCCUGCAGGUGGUCGACCUUCUCAACGACCUCUACACGUGCUUCGACUCGAUCAUCGAAAAUUUCGAUGUUUACAAGGUGGAGACGAUAGGCGAUGCGUACAUGGUCGUCUCAGGACUGCCUGUUAGAAAUGGAAUGAAUCAUGCGAGGGAAAUUGCGAGAAUGAGUCUGGCACUGCGUGAUACAGUUAUGACAUUCAGUAUACGGCACCGACCCAAUGAGCAGCUCAAACUUCGCAUUGGAAUGCACACUGGACCUUGUGUGGCUGGGGUCGUGGGCCUCAAAAUGCCGAGGUAUUGCCUCUUCGGGGACACUGUGAACACAGCGUCUAGAAUGGAGAGCAAUGGAGAACCAUUGAAGAUUCAUGUCAGCCCCGCCACCAAGGAAGUUCUCGAUACUUUUGGCACGUUUGAGCUUCACUGUCGAGGGGAAGUCACGUUGAAGGGAAAGGGCAAGAUGACGACCUACUGGUUAGUAGGUGAGAAGCCCAUAAAUAAUAACGUCCAACAGAGCACAGUAAGCACAAUGACAGAUCCAUCAGCUGUCGUAAGCCAGCAGUCCCAAGGUCAGCUGCAAAAUCCCCAGAAUACAUCAAACCAAAAUUGCACCCGUAACAUGCUGAAUAUAACUGGAAAUGGUGCACCAGGUAAUCACACCCUGACAUUAUCGCCAUCCCAUCAGCGUAACACAAAUAAUUCAACUGUGCAUCAGAGCCUGCCAAGUGAAAAUGUGCCGAAUCAUGCGGAAAGUGGACCUAAUGCACCACUACUCCUGCCAGCAGGAUCGAUUCCAUGAGCUUGACUCACUGUACAAUGCUUCAAUCACUUUAACGUUAUACCUGAAAUGUCGCGUUGAGUUGAUGUUCAACGACUCACAAUGACUGUUAAAGUUUGGUUGAGGGGAAUGGCAUUUUGUUGAUUCCACUGUUCUUAACUUGUGAGAAUUAAACCAAAGGAGAUUAUCCUAUUUAUAGUAGAAUUUUAGUUGUUCUUUGAACGUGCAGUGGACGAUAGAUUGACAAAAAUUAAUGCACAAGUUUAAGAAUGCUAGAGUAACUGAUUACAAAGGUGCUGGACCAUUGAAAAUAAUCGUUAACCCAAUUAAACGAAUCCAUUAAACUCAAGUGGAUUGAUUCCAAGCCUCGAUAAUUCUCAGUAGUAAAAAAUUCUCAUUUACUUUAAAGAUUAAUGGGAGAAUCCAAAGUAAUAAUUUAAGUGACGUAAAUCGCGUGAUCUCUUUACAAGGUAAACCAGGAACCAAGAUUUCAUUGAAGAGCAUUGCAAUUGAAAUAAUAAGCGAGAGGUGCGGGAUGGAGAGGGGAAUAUAAAUGUCACAAAGGUGCUAAUGUUAAUGAUAAAGAAUAUAUUGAGGAUGGAAUUUUCGCCGGGAGCGGCUUGUGUUUGAGAUUUAUUUGAUCGUACGGAGAACAUGCGAGAGGGAGUAUUACUGUGCGCUCGGGCACACAUCGAAAAGCCGAUCGAAUUAAUAGGGAGUAGAGACAUCACCCAAACAUCGAUUUUACGAUUGAGGAGUAAUGAUGAAAUUACAAAAUACUUUGUUAGGUUUUAAGGUAGUGUUUAAGGAGUUUCACAGGCUCUAAAGGGAAUUUUUGGGUUUACGUUGACUGGCAGAUUCUACUGGACGAACUCUGGAUGAUUUUUUUUAUUUCUGGGGUGGGAGGGAGACUAUUCCAAAAAAUACUCUCAAGAACUAGCUUUUUGACGGUUAAAUUCGACCUUUACUUCUGUUUCAUCUAGACAAAAAUCGUUAUUAGUUGAGUGUAAUACGAGAAAAUCAACAGAGAUAUGAAUAUAUAUGUAUAUAACAUAAACGUUUACGUAAACGGAGGUAGAGAAUUUAAAGGAUAUUACAUUUAACGAUAAAUAAUAUUGAUCGACGUAUAUUAUAUAGAACUGUUAGAUAUCGAGGCUGGGCCUCCAAUGACUGUGCGAAUGGGUGUUUGUGAUAAUUUACGUGUGAUUAAUUUUAUUCUUCAACUACGAAAGAUGACAACUGAGAGUAUUGUGAAUGUUGUGAACGAGAGAAAUCGAAUGAUUCAGUAAGUGACAAAAUAAAGAGAAACAAAAAACACAAAACUCUGAAUUCACUUUGAAAGAGUGAAGCUCUAUUUAUCUCAAGACAGAGACUUAAAUUGGAGAAACUUCUUUUAAUGUACCAAUCAAUAUAUCAGAAUAAAGUUUGAUUGUUUU